ACUGCCUUUUAAAUGAAACGAAAUUUUUUUUUAUUUCCUUUUAAUUGUGUGAUAUUUGUAUUAAUAUAUAUAAAAAAAAGAAUAUUAUAAUAAAGAAAAAAAAAGUGCACAAAAAUCUGACCUUGAUUCGCGUCAUUGACCUUCGUAAACGCGGGAAAGUGAUUGAACCUCAUCUUCAAAGCCAAUAUAAUUGUGCAAAUAACUAUGUUUAAUCAGUGGUUAAAUGUGUGACGUGAUUAUAUCGUCUCAAUUUGCAGUUGUGUGAAAAAAAAAGAUUAGAACGCAUUUUUAUUUGCGUGAUGUCAAGACUAACAGACGAUCAGCAUUCUGCGGAAGUUUUGGAAUUUCCAAUGACUGAUGGUAAUACUUCAAGUACAAAUGAAGACAUUGAAGAACACUCGAGACUAACCAUAACAAAUAAUUGUGAAGAAUGUGAAAAUGAAAAUUAUCCAAAUAAUGGAAAAUUAAGAAUCGAUAAACAAGUAUGUUUAACAAUUGUCGAUGAUGACAAUCCACCGCCUUAUUCGGCAUUAAUUCCACAAAAUCAUGCCGCUUGGUAUUAUAAAUUUUCAACAAUAGACAAUUCAAAUGUAAGAAAUAAUACAAUAACUUUAGAACAAUUUCAACAAAAUGUCACCUCAAUAAAUAAUGAAACGUGUCCCGAUUGUACUAGACCACGUUCAUUAGAUACAUUUGUGACGUCAAAAACAAAUUUUCCCUCACCAGAUAAUUUAGGAAUAGUAAAAAUGACAAAUUUACCUCGCAGAUACGGAACAAUUCUGAUAGCAGUGAUCGUCGUUUUAUCAUUAAUGGUACUUUCGUUAAUUGUUCGUUUCGUUGUGGAGAGAAGUUUUUCGCGCAGCUAAAACACUUUCUAAUAACAAUUUGUACUAAUAGUAAGUCUUUGUAUCAUUAUUAUAAUUAUUAUUACUCAAUAAUGGAUUUUUGUACUCUAUUUAUCAGAUAAAUGAAAAAAAAAAGAAAUUA